AAAUUUCUUUGCGUACUUGUGCUUCGUAUUUCCACACACAGAAAAAAGAGGAAAAAAAAAAAAGAAAAGAAAAGAAAAGAAAGGAGAAAGAAGCGAGCAGUGAGAGAGCAGCGUAGAGCCUGCUUCCGCCUCCGCCUCUGCUCCGCGUCCAGAAUAAUACUAAAAGGCUGGGUAUGAAGAAAUAAAGUCUUGCUCCUUCUAUAGGGAGUUGUUUUUUGUCUGCGGUAUCUUAUUGUUGGGAGAUAUAUAUAUAUGGCGGGGAUGUUACCUGGGGAUUCCUCACAUCAUUCAACAUCUGAGAGCGGGCCUUCUAGAAAUUCUCAAGAAAAGCAGGAGGAAGUAGGUCGUUGGUAUUUUUCAAGAAAAGAAAUAGAAGAAAAUUCCCCAUCAAGAAGGGAUGGUAUUGACUUGAAGAAAGAGACGUACUUACGCAAGUCCUACUGUACAUUUUUACAGGAUUUGGGCAUGAGGCUUAAAGUGCCCCAAGUAACAAUAGCCACAGCAAUAAUUUUUUGUCACCGGUUCUUCAUUCGACAAUCACAUGCAAAGAAUGAUAGAAGGACCAUUGCUACUGUGUGCAUGUUCCUUGCUGGGAAGGUUGAAGAGACGCCUCGCCCAUUAAAGGAUGUUAUUCUUGUUUCCUAUGAGAUAAUACACAAAAAGGAUCCUGCUGCAGCCCAGAGGAUCAAACAGAAGGAAGUGUAUGAGCAACAAAAGGAGCUAAUUUUACUUGGGGAGAGGCUUGUACUUGCCACUUUGGGUUUUGACCUCAAUGUUCAUCACCCAUAUAAGCCUCUUGUUGAAGCAAUAAAGAAAUUCAAGGUUGCACAGAAUGCUCUUGCUCAAGUUGCAUGGAAUUUUGUUAAUGAUGGGCUGAGGACGUCGCUCUGCCUGCAAUUUAAGCCCCAUCAUAUAGCAGCAGGUGCCAUUUUCCUUGCUGCCAAGUUCCUCAAAGUGAAGCUUCCAUCGGAUGGUGAGAAAGUCUGGUGGCAAGAAUUUGAUGUCACCCCACGCCAGUUGGAGGAGGUUAGCAAUCAAAUGCUGGAACUUUAUGAGCAAAACAGAGUACCCCCAUCUCAGGGUAGUGAAGUAGAAGGAAGUGCUGGUGGUGGAACAUCUCAUCGAGCCCCAGCAAAACAUCCUUCUGGAAGUGAGGACAAACAAAUAUCAUCACGGUCAGCUGCUGACCACUCAUCUGCAGACAAUCAUGGGGUGCCAUCAAGAACUGCACAAAAUCAAAGUAAUGAUAAUGGGAGUGGGGAGAUGGGCAGCGUUAUUACUGAUCACAAGAUGGAUAUGGAAACAAAGGAUAAUCAGCAUCCUGAGCAAUUGCCCCAGAAGGAGAACAUGAGGGAAGUUUCAAAUAAAUCUAGGUCUGGAAUGGAGCGAACUGGGGGAGAAGACCAUGAAAGAACUGGUGGAAGAAAUGAAAUUGCAGAAACAGGUGAGUGGAGAGAUGAUGGAGCAUCACGUAAGGCUAGCAGUGUGGUUGGGCGGAACUUGGACAUGAGGGAAGGCCCCGUCGGCCAGUCCCCCAAAGAAGCUAUUAAAAUUGACAAAGAUAAGCUGAAGGCUGCACUUGAGAAAAGGAGGAAGUCUCGUGGGGAAACAAUGAAGAAAAAGGAUGUAAUGGAUGAAGAUGAUCUCAUUGAGAGGGAGCUAGAGGAUGGGGUUGAAUUGGCUGUCGAAGAUGAGAAAAUCAAGCGAGAACGCAGGCAGACCUGGUCUAGGAAUGAGAAUCUGGAUCAUGGAAAAGACCAUGGGGAAAUGGGAGAAGGGAACCACUUUGUUACAAAGGGGCAGUCAUCUAGGGGAUUUGAAGCAGAGGCUGCUGAAGAAGGAGAAAUGCUGGAUGAUGCUUCUCCCAUGGUGAACAGCCGAAAGAGAAAAGGUGGAAGCCCACCGGACAGACAGUUGGAAGGGAAGAAGCGGCACGAGUAUAUGUCAAGUUACAACCAUGACAGCAUAGAAGAUGGGCAAAAGAUGGGUCGGAGUAGUUAUGCAGAUAAAGAGCAUAGAAGGCAUGCACACGAGAAUCAUUUGUGAGGCAGUAACACGGUACCGUACGGGAGAGUGGGCGUGCAUGAUCUAUCAUAUGAGCUUAGGGACACUAAUGUCUGACCGUUGCUAUUGAUAUUUGAACUUUGGUCACAUAAAUGGUCAGAAUGAUCCUUGGGAACUGAAACAUUGCUGAAAUGUACUUAAAUUAGUUUGAUUUUGAUUGCCUAGUAUGGCGCAUAUCUUGGCUGUAACAGAAUGUUAGAAUGAGGAUACAUCAGUGGCCACAAUGGCAGGGGCAUCAAGAGAAAGUAAAAGAGGCAGUUAAUUUAUUUAGUUCAUAUAUAAA